AGAAGAAGAAGAGCUUCCUGGUUUUAGAGAGAAACGGGAGCUGAUCUGCUGAAGAAAUAGAGAGAAACAGGAGCUGAUCUGCUGAAGACUCUGUUUUCAUCCUUAAUGAAGCUCCAUUGUGAAGAAACUGCUGAAGUCUUCUGUCGCCUGUGUCACUUGCUCCAGCUUGACUGGCCACUGUUAACGCCAAGACCCCUGUGCUGCCAUUUCCCUGGAAUCAUGAAUGAUGAUCUUUUGCAAGUCUCCUGCUCCAAGUGAUGACUUUCCUGCAAAUUUCUCAUUAAUAUCCACAAACAUAUAAAUAUCAUGAAACUGCUGAAAUAAGGAAAGAUUGAAUAUGACAAGAUGUUGUCCAGAAGCUCCGUUAUUCAGAAAACAUCUGCUGCUCUCCACCUGAAGACAUCUCGCAGACCAACACAAAAGAACACAGGCAAAAAAAGAACUCACCACUGCUCAGAGUGUGGAAAGUGUUUUACUUCACAGAGUGAUCUCCAAAUACAUCAGCGCAUUCACACAGGAGAGAAACCAUAUCACUGCUCAGAGUGUGGGAAGAAUUUUACUGUACAGAGUAAUCUUCAAAGACACCAGCGCAUUCACACGGGAGAGAAACCGUAUCACUGCUCAGACUGUGGAAAGAGUUUUACUAUACAGAGUAGUCUCCAAAGACAUCAGCGCAUUCACACGGGAGAGAAACCGUAUCACUGCUCAGAGUGUGGACAGAGUUUUUCUAUACAGAGUAGUCUCCAAAGACAUCAGCGUAUUCACACAGGAGAGAAACCUUAUCACUGCUCAGAGUGUGGACAGAGUUUUACUAUACAGAGUAGUCUCCAAAGACACCAGCGCAUUCACACAGGAGAGAAACCAUAUCACUGCUUAGACUGUGGAAAGAGUUUUACUAUACAGAGUAAUCUCCAAAAACACCAGCGCAUUCACACCGGAGAGAAACCAUAUCACUGCUCAGACUGUGGAAAGAGUUUUAGUCAACAGAGUCAUUUCCAAACACACCAUCGCAUUCACACAGGAGAGAAACCGUAUCACUGCUCAGAGUGUGGAAAGAGUUUUUCUAUACAGAGUAGUCUGCAACUACACCUGCGCAUUCACACAGGAGUGAAACCGUAUCACUGCUUUGAGUGUGAACAGAGUUUUACAAGUCAGAGUCAUCUCCGAAGACACCAGCGCAUUCACACCUGAAAGAAUCUUUAUCACUCCACAGAAUGUGGAAAAAGCUUCAGUUAUUUAUGUUUUAAGACACACAUGGUUUGAUGUCUUUCAAAGAACAAAAUACAUAUACAGACUCAUUCAAGCAACUCAA